ACUCACACUAAUGUAGUUAGAUAGUGUUUGUAAACAUCGGCGAGGCGACGCCGCAUCUUCGCAAGCUUCCACCGUAGAGGUGGUGCUUCUUAUAAAAACAGUGCGGAGUCCGAGCUGCGACACACACCGACUCGCACCAGCGGAGCCAUGAGGACCGCAGUAGUUUUGUUAUCGCUGGUGGCGGCCAUAGCGGCGGAGGCUCCGUACCACCUGCCGCGGCCGGCUGCGCAUGCGCCUUCCUUCAACUACCCUCAGAACCCGGCGCCUGCGCCGCGGCCGCAGCCCCGGCCCCAGCCGCAGUACAUCAACUACCCCCCCGCCCCGCAGCCGCAGUACCAGCCGCAGCCGCAGCCCCAGCCCCAGUUCCAGCCCCAGCCCCAGCCCCAGCCCCAGUACCAGCCACAGCCUCAGUACCAGCCUCAACCCCAGCCGCAACCACGGCCUCAACCGCAACCUCAACAAAACUCACAAAGUGGUUACAACUAUCAGCAACCCGCCGUUGUACCUAACUUGGCACCACAGCCAAGACCACAACCUCAGCCAACGUUACCAGCUCCUCAGCCGAGUUACCAAGCACCUUCAGGCCCUCAGCAGUCUUAUAAUUACCCUGCUCCUCAGCCUGCUCCUCAACCAGCUCCUCAACAGUCUUACCAAGUCUCCCAACAGUCCUACCAAGCUCCUCAACAAUCUUACCAAUCACCUCAACAAUCAUACCAAUCUCCUCAGCAGUCUUACCAAUCCCCUCAACAAUCUUACCAAGCCCCACAACAGUCUUACCAGGCUACACAGCAAUCGUACCAGGCCCCACAGCAGCAGUCGUAUCAAGCUCCUCAACAGGGUUACCAAAUCUCCCAGCCCAUCCCUCAACCUCAACCAGCACCUAUUCCUCAGCAACAAUAUAACGUUCCGCAACCUCAGCCCCAACCACAGCCCCAGCCGCAACCCCAGCCUAGUCCAUCGUAUGGCGUGCCUCAACAGUACUCGCCCGCGGUUCAGCCCCGCCAGCCCGCCCCCGCUCCAGCUCCCGCACCCACUCCUGUCCCAAUAGUCCAACAACUGCCGCAACAGCAACCCCAGUCGUACAGCUUCCUCCCGGCCGUCCAGCCCGAACAGAGCUACCAGCAGCCGCAGCAAUCCUACCAACAGAACCAACAGUCGUUCUCCCAGCAGUCCGUCUCCAGCCAGCAGGGAUACAACUACCAACAGCCAGACCAGUCAUCAGUCUUCCAAUACUCAUCUCAGCUGCCACUGCAGUCGCAGGGUGGAAGCGGUCUCUCCUCGGACGUGUCUAGCUACCAGGCGGACAACAACCAGUACAGCUCAUCGCAAGGACAGGCCAUCAGCCAGAGUCAAGGUCAAGCGGCGCCGCACAGUGCGUUGGACUCGGUGACCGUCGACCACGUGCAGAACAUCCUGCGGGACAACGAGCACAGCGCGGCUCGCAGCGCAGGCUACGUGUCGCUGGUGUCCGGCAUCUCGCUGGAGGCGGCACAGCCUAGCAUCGAGCUGGGCUCCUUCGUGCACAACUCGCCGCUGUCCAGCGGCUCCGGCGCUAGUCUCUCCGCCUCGAGCUCGUCCUCGUCCACGUCCUCGUCCACGGCCCUGGCGCCCUCGCCGGCGAGACCCUCCACACAGUACGGGUUACCAGCCGUCAUCGACAACUAAGUAAUUUAGGUUAAGUUGCGAACAACUAAGAAAUGUAAAUAGCUAAGUUUAAUGUUGUGUGAUAAUUUUUGAAACGACUUUUGUAAAUAAACUAUUUUCUUACGUGAC